CCUCAGUCCGUGGAAAAGAUUCCCGACGUGUGGGAGCAGCGAGGAGCAGCGAGGAGCCCUGUAACGGUCGGAACCAUGAGCGAACCGCCGAGCUGCAGGAGCUGCAGCGAGUCGCUGAGCGGACAGAAGUUCAUCCGGGAGGCGGAGGAGCCGCUCUGCGUCCGCUGCGACCCGCGGCGCCACGCCCACACCUGCCAGGAAUGCAAGCAGCUGAUUGGACACGACGAGAAGGAGCUGAUGCACCAGGACAGAUUCUUCCAUGAGAACUGCUUCAGGUGCUGCAGCUGCAACCGCUCUCUGACCGCUGAGCCGUUCACCCAGCAGGGCGGCGCUCUGCUCUGCAGCUCCUGCUAUAGCAGCCGCUUCUCCUCCCGAUGCACCGCCUGCAGCCAGAGCGUCCAGCCAGGGUCCAGGAUGCUGGAGUACGACGGCACGGCGUGGCACGAGGACUGCUUCCUGUGCAGCGGCUGCAGGAAGCCGAUCGGAGCCGAGGCCUUCGUCCCGGACGCCGGGCGCUUCUACUGCCUGGCCUGCUACGAGCAGCAGGUGGCGCCACGUUGCAGCCACUGCAAGAAGGCGCUGACCAAAGGCGGGCUGACGUACCGGGGCGAGGUGUGGCACCGGGACUGCUUCCUGUGCUGCGGCUGCGGCUCUCCUCUGGCCGGACAGACCUUCACCUCGCAGGGCGAGCGGCCGUUCUGCGUCAGGUGCUUCAGCAGCCUGUACGCCAAGAAGUGCGCCGCGUGCAACACGCCCAUCACAGGUUUCGGCGAUGGGAAGUACGUGUCGUUCGAGGAGCGCCAGUGGCACCAGCCCUGCUUCAAAUGCUCGCGCUGCUCCGUGUCGCUGGUCGGGUCCGGGUUCUUCCCCGACCGGGACCAGAUCCUCUGCGCCGACUGCAACAGCGACGACUGAACACCAGAACCGGUUCCAAACACCAGAACCGGCUCCAAACACCAGAACUGGUUCUGCUCACCGCAAAAAUCAUAAAAAAUUGAAACACGAAA